AUGAUUGAGCUGCACGGCACUGAGGACGGCGGCGGCGGCGGCGGCGGCGGUGGCGGCCACGUGGACAUACUGAGCACCGAGGAGCUGGAGUGUAAGAUUUGCUACUGCGCGUACAACCUGGGGAGUCGCAGGCCCAAGGUGCUCGAGUGCUGCCACCGCCUGUGCGCCAAGUGCCUCGCGAAGAUCCUGGACCUGGGUGAGUCGCCUCCCAACGCCCUGGUGUGCCCGUUCUGCCGCUACGUCACCAGACUGCCGGGGCCGGCGGCGAGCAGCCUGCCGGACGACUGCAACCUGGUGGCGGCGCUGGCCUUCCGAAGCAGGAACCACAGGAACCUCCACUUCCACCACCAGGAAGCGAGCGCGGAGCUGCUCCUCAGCCCCAGAGGCCUGAGCUCGCUGCUGAGCAGCAACCCGCCCGUCACGUCCCCUUCCUCCUCUUCGUCUGCUUCCUCUUCCUCCAACGCCUACUCCUCCAUCCGGGGCUCCCCGAACUUUGUGCUCAUCACCAUCAUGGAGCCUCCGCCGAGGCCCGCGUCCGCGCCAGACCUCCGUCGCCAGGACGCGCUACGCGGAGCCCGCGCGUCGAACCGGAGCUUCCGCUCGUCCAGCCCGGACUCCAUGGCGUCCAUCACGCAGCGGUGGACGGUGUGGAACUGCGCGUCCCUCCUGUGCCAGACGUCGGCGCGGGCGCUGGUGUGGGUGCUGGGCCUGCUGUACUUCAGCUCGCUGCCCAUGGGCGUCUACCUGCUCAUCAUGCAGAGGACGACGCUCGGCAUGCUGCUGGUGAGCCUGGUUCCCGCCAGCCUGGUCCUGAUCAUGGUCUACGGCUUCUGCCAGUGCAUCUGCCACGAGCUGUGGGACUGCAUGCCCCCGUAA